GCACGUUUACCCAACUAAAUCUCCUCUCUCAUCUCCUGGUGCCUUCUCGUUCACUCACACUUCAGCUAGCUCUGCAAGGACCGUACGUUGUCCCUGUGAUCUGGUGAUGAGUUGCAUCCGAUCCUUCUAUAAAUCACAAGACAAUGUUGUCUCAACUCUCAAAGGCGCCUACACACGUGACGACGUCGGCACGUCCCACUAGCUAGAAGAAGCAAACGCAGGCAGUAAUGGAGAACCAGCAUCUCCAAGGAGACGAGUCGUCGUCGUCGCACGCGCUCCCCAGCUUCCCCUACUUCGCCGUGCCGUCGCCGCCGUAUGCGCCGCCGCCGCCAUCGGAGGACCAGCACAGUACCCUCAUCACAGCGCUCCAGCAGCAACCGUCGUCGUCGGCGUGCAAUAACGACGACCUUCCUCCUCUGGGUCUGGGGCCUGAUCAGCUAGCGGCGGUGGCGGCGCCGAUGAUUCUCCCGCCAAUGGUGGACUGGUCGGCGCUGCUCCAGCAGGCCAGCUUGAUGGGGCCCCAGCUCGUGCCGGGACUACUGCAGCAAGUACCGCCCCUGGAGCCGUUGGACCAGAGCGGGGAGAACGACGGCGGCGACGCAGGGAGUAGCAGUAGUAGCAAGGAGAAGGUGGUGGCGAAGGGCGGCGGCGGCGCGGGGAGGUCUGGGAAGAAGAAGGCGAGCAGGCCGCGGUUCGCGUUCCAGACGAGGAGCGUCAACGACAUCCUGGACGACGGCUACCGGUGGAGGAAGUACGGGCAGAAGGCCGUCAAGAACAGCGAGCACCCCAGGAGCUACUACCGGUGCACCCACCAUACGUGCAAUGUGAAGAAACAGGUGCAGCGCCUGGCCAAGGACACGAGCAUCGUGGUCACUACUUACGAGGGCGUCCAUAACCACCCCUGCGAGAAGCUCAUGGAAGCGCUCAGCCCCAUCCUCAAGCAGCUCCAGUUCCUCUCGCAGUUCUAACCGAAGCUGCCUCUGGUCAUUAUUAUGUACAAUAAUACAUAUACACAGGCACGGCCACCAAAAGGUCAAGCAGACAAACAUAAUAAUAUAUAUACUCCUAAUGCACAACUACAUAUGUGAUAUGUGUACUGUAGAUAGUAUUACACGAGAGAGUACAAACGUAAAGUGUAAAGUAACCAACUGGAAGGGGGAAGAAAAGGAGAAAAAAAUGUGCCUGCCUCCCCAAUACUGCUGAUCUCGCAUGUAUAUGUCAUAUAUACCUUGUUUAUAAAGUUUACAAAUAUGUAUACUGAUAAGGUGGGUGAACAUAUAUAUAGUACUACGGG